AUGGCCUACAGCUGAUGGGUUGGGAUGGGCUUGCUUGUACGCGCUUGGUGUGUCUGUGGCCGUCACUUUUUUUGUUCUUUUCCGAGCUGGCGGUGGACGGGGAGAGCUCCUCUUGCCUUCCCACGGACUUUUGGAACAUACGUGGCCUACAUCAAAGCUGGACCCAGUACACAGACACGCCCUUAGCUUCUGGCCAGAGACAGAUCCCAAGGGCUUGCAUCGAUCGCAAGAUGCAUCUUCUGGUAGACUCGCCUCUCGUCGUCGGGGCUUCCCUGCACAACCCAAGGCCCAGGAUCCUGCACCCAUACGUCCUGCCGUACAUCGUGCUCUACCCGAUCUGGGCCUAUGUCUACAAUUACAAGUACAACGAAUGGCUCGGCAGCGAGGAGUGGACAUUCAUCACGAUUGUUACCCUCAUCACCACCCAGUCGCUGCUCUGGCUCGUCGGUCACUGGAGUAUUGCUGCAAAAGCAUGGACGCGCUAUUCAAGGGCUUCGUCCAUCGCAACGGCCAAGUCCAUUAAGAUUGUGCCCGCGGUCGACCAAGGCAGUCCAGAGAUUUGUGCACUCGACUCGACACAGUAUGCUGGCGAGAAGGAGCGCGAGAUCAGCUUCACCUUUCAAAAGAAGAAAUUCAUCUUUGACACAGAUCGCAAAGUCUUCCGCGAGGUCAUCUUCCCGAUAGAUCAGCAACCUUCAAUUGCGAAGUACCAAGGAACUUCUGGUCUUUCUUCAUCCAAGGCGCUCGAGACUGCUGAAAGACUCUAUGGUUUCAAUCGCUUCGACAUCCCCAUUCCAACGUUUGCUGAGCUAUUCAAGGAGCAUGCUGUUGCCCCGUUCUUUGUUUUCCAGAUCUUUUGCGUGGGUCUCUGGUGCUUGGAUGAGUACUGGUACUAUAGUCUGUUUACCGGUUUCAUGCUUGUUGCCUUCGAGUGCACCGUCGUGAUACAGCGACAAAAGACCUUAAACGAAUUCAGAACAAUGAGCAUCAAGCCCUAUCCUAUUAUGGUGUACAGGCUCAAUAAAUGGAUAGAGGUCCAAACAGACGAGCUGUUUCCCGGAGAUAUUGUCAGUGUGACACGCUCUAAAGAUGAUGCAGGUGUGCCCUGCGACAUUCUGCUCAUGAGUGGAUCUUGUAUCGUCAAUGAGGCAAUGCUCAGUGGCGAGAGUACGCCGCUGCUCAAGGAAAGUAUUGAGCUGCGAGCAAGCACUGAACUGGUUGAUCUUGGAGGCUUGGACAAGAACGCUCUUCUUUCUGGUGGUACAAAGGUUCUGCAGGUCACGCCAGCUCAAUCCUCCGACAAGAUCAAGGUCAAGCCAGCUCCAAACGGUGGUGUUCUUGGUGUUGUCCUGCGCACCGGCUUCGAAACGCAGCAGGGCAGCCUCGUCCGCACUAUGAUCUAUUCCACCGAACGUGUCUCUGCUAAUAAUGUCGAGGCGCUCUUCUUCAUUCUCUUCCUCCUCGUCUUCGCCAUCGCAGCCUCGUGGUAUGUCUGGACCAACGGCGUAUUGCAGGAACGCCCAAAGAAGAAGCUGUUGCUCGACUGCAUUCUAAUCGUCACUUCUGUUGUACCGCCUGAGCUGCCGAUGGAGCUUUCCUUGUCUGUCAAUUCGAGUCUCGCUGCGUUGAGCAAGCAUUCUAUCUUUUGCACAGAGCCGUUCCGGAUCCCCUUCGCAGGGCGAGUGGACGUUUGCUGUUUCGAUAAGACUGGAACCUUGACAGAAGAAGAUUUGGUUGUUGAAGGUGUCGCUGGUCUGAGCGGUGAUUUUGAUAAAUUGCAAGAUAUUGGCUCUUCCCCGACGGAGACAGCACUUGUGCUAGCAAGUGCGCACAGCGUAGUCCGCCUCGAUGAUGGCACUACGGUUGGUGACCCCAUGGAGCGUGCUACGCUGACAAGCAUCGGAUGGCGUGUCGCUGCAGCUGAUCAAAUCUUCCCACCUGCCGCCUCUGAUGCGUUCCGAGGCGAUUCGAUAACCGUGAAGCGGAGAUUCCAGUUCAGCUCUGCCCUCAAGCGUCAGAGCACUGUGUCCAGUCUUGCGAAUAAGGAGCGAAAAGGAAGCAAGUUGCUUUGCAGUGUCAAAGGAGCACCAGAGACCAUCAAGACUAUGCUCACCUAUGUUCCCGAGGGCUAUGAUCAGACAUUUAAGCACUUCACGAGAAACGGCUCCCGUGUCAUUGCCCUUGGUUUCAAAUACAUGGCAGAAACUCUGUCGUCGAAGCAGAUCAACGACCUGGAACGAUCUGCGGUGGAGUCGUCCCUGCAAUUUGCUGGUUUCCUCAUUUUCAGUUGCCCAUUGAAGCCUGAUGCAAAAGACACUGUCAAGGAGCUGAACCAAAGUUCACACCGCGUCAUCAUGAUCACUGGGGACAAUCCUCUGACUGCUUGUCACGUCGCGCGCGAGGUGGAAAUCGUGGAUCGACGUACGCUGAUUCUCGAUGCCGUGGAGACCGAGACUGGUUCUAAUAUCUUGUGGCGAUCCGUUGAUGAAACAGAAACCUUUCCAUUCGAUGCUGCACAGCCUUUACCUCGGAAGUUGAUUGACAACUACGAUCUGUGUGUCACUGGAUAUGCCCUCUCACAGAUGGCUGCUUCUGCGACCAUGAAGGAUAUCAUUCGGUACACAUGGGUCUAUGCUCGUGUCUCGCCUACGCAGAAGGAGUUCAUUCUAAAUGAGCUGAAGUACAUGGGCUACACAACUUUGAUGUGUGGCGAUGGUACCAAUGACGUGGGAGCAUUGAAGCAGGCGCACGUCGGAGUUGCUCUUUUGAAUGGAUCAGAGGACGAUUUGAAGAAGAUUGCUGAGCAUGCUCAGACAACGCGUCUUCGCGCUGUUUAUGACAAGCAAUCCGAGCUCCUCGCUCGAUGGAACCGACCACCACCUCCAGUGCCCAAGCCAAUCGCUCAUCUUUACCCACCAGGGCCCUCAAAUCCACAUCGUCUUGCUCGGUUGACUGAGCAAGGCAAGACGCCCUCCGAGAUUAAGGCUGCUGAUGAUUUGAUUGUCGCUCAAACUGCGCUUACUAAGUCCGGCGACGAGAAGACCAGUGCAUCUGAGAAGCCCAAGCCUGGUCCGGGAGGGUCCAUGAUGGACAAUAUGCUUGCACAAAUGAGCGAGUUGGAAGAUGAUGACGACACUCCGCCCACAAUCAAGCUCGGGGAUGCAUCCUGUGCAGCACCGUUUACAUCGAAGCUUGCAAAGGUUGGUGCGAUUGGGAGCAUUUUGCGGCAAGGCCGUUGUACCCUUGUGGCCACCAUUCAGAUGUACAAGAUUCUCGCACUCAAUUGCUUGAUCUCUGCAUACAGUCUCAGUGUGCUGUAUCUGGAUGGCAUCAAGUUUGGUGACGGGCAGGUCACCAUCAGCGGUAUGCUGAUGUCUGUUUGCUUCAUGUGCAUUUCUCGUGCACGUCCGCUGGAGAAACUGUCGAAAGAACGUCCACACCCUGGUAUCUUCAAUGUCUACAUCAUUGGGUCUAUUCUUGGCCAAUUUGCGGUGCACGUUGCCACGCUCAUCUUCAUCUCGCAGUACAUUCAGCGCACGCACCCGAAGGAACCAAAAAUUGAUCUGGAGGCCAAGUUUGAGCCUUCGUUGCUCAAUUCGGGCAUUUACCUCUUGCAGUUAACGCAGCAGAUUUCGACCUUUUCGCUCAACUACCAGGGCCGGCCAUUUAGGGAGUCAAUCCGGGAGAACAAGUACAUGUACUGGGGCCUUGUGAGCGUUGGCGCCCUUGCCUUUUCGUGUUCCACCGAGUUCAUUCCAGAGGUCAAUCAGCAGCUCAAGUUGGUCAAGUUCACUGAUCUGUUCAAGGUCGUCAUUACGGCAACGAUGCUGGUGGAUUAUGGCCUGUGCUACGUAAUUGAGCAGUUCUUCAAGCGCUUCUUCUCGGAUUCUGCGGCCAAGGACAUUGCGCGGAGGUAGAAGGGGUCGUUGGCCUCAGACAUAGAUAAUGUUAGACAUCGCAUUGCUGCCGUUUCAGGCCAG